CAUGCGAUACAAUUUUAAAGCAAAAACAGUUGUUUUGUUAGGUUGUUCAACCGUCACAACAAAUUUUGACAGUUGAGGCCGGUUGAGGUUACAUUGUACAGUAGAGACUUAGAGCGGAACUUAUGACGGUUGUUCGUCUUGACAAAACAAUUGCAUUUACGCUAGAAAUUUAAGGCAUGCACGUGAGAUAUUCGACCGUUAGCUAAUCACUCUAUAUUACUGUACAUACUUAUAUGAAAUUAGUGUACAUAUAUAUAUCUCUGCGUACACGCAAAGUCACAUUGGAUUCACCAAACGAUUGGCGAUCUUUCAAAUGUCUAGUCAAUGCGUUGAUUUCAUAACAAUUGUUUAUGGAGAAGAUGGAAAAACAAAUCGUUUACUGGAUACUGUUUAAACUUUAAUUUGAGUGCACCUAUAAUUUUUGCAAUAUACCGCAGCUAGAGACCGAAUAAUAAGAAAAUGCAAGGUAAUAAUGAAAAUGAGCUAAAAGUAAGAAAGCGAAAAAAUCUGACUGUCCAUGAAAAGUUGACAAUUUUGAAAACACUAGACAACGAUGUUGGAUGUUCGACAACAACUAUUGCACAAGAGUAUGGUGUUGACCCAAGGACAAUUAGAAAUUGGAGACAGAAUCGGCAAGAAUUAGAAAAAUUGAGCAACACCAGAUCGAUGAAAACAAAACGAGUUCGAAAAUCUCGGUUUGAACAACUCGAAAAAGCUUUGUACACCUGGUUUCAGGAAAUGCGAUUCAGAGGAGCUCCUGUCAAUGGCCCUGUUAUCAGAGCGAAAGCAUUAGAACUGUCUAAGGAAAUGGAAGAUGGGACUAUGGUAAACUUUGUAGCAAGUGAAGGAUGGCUAAGCAAAUGGAAAUCUAGAUUUGAUAUACAAAAACUUAUUUGUGACAAUAAAGCUGAAGAUGAACCAGGUGAUGAAAUGUUUGUAGAAGAGUUUCCAUUAAUCAUAAAAAAGGAAGAGCCUGGGACUAAUAUUGUUCAGGUUGACGAAACUGAUUUAUAUUAUCAAAUGUUAUCUGCAUGUACUUCCAUAGAGGACCAAGAACGUGAAGCUGUGUGCCUUCAGCAAACUGAAGACCACAAUAUCAAAGCUGCACCAGCAGAAACAAUUGUUAUGCAAAAAUUUCCGAUAAUUGUAAAACAAGAAAAAGUUUCUGAGGGUGAAAUUUCUACCAACGAUGAAAUUGAUUUAAAUCAUAAAGCAUUAUCUUUGGAGAAAGAAAAAAAUUUCCAAACUGUGGGUUCAAAACAAAGUAAGACUUCCACUAAUAUAGUUGAACCAACAGAAAGAAUUUUUCUACCAGAAGUUUCUGAAAUUUCCAAACACGAAAGUCGAAACAAAAACGAAAUUUCAAAUACCAAUGAAACUGGUACAAAUUGUACAAUGUUAUCACAGAAAUCUCCCAAGGAGGAGAAAGAUCCCAUGGAUACAAGUUUUAUGCAAAAUGAGAAUCACAAACAAAUACCAGCUUAUACUAACAUAGCUGAAUCAAGAGAAAAUUUUUUUUUUUUAGAAAAUCCGUUAAUAGAGAAAGCGGAGUGGGAAAUUGCUAACACAAAUAAAACACAACCUUCGAGAACUGUGGCAGAGAAAAAUGAUUCUGAAAACCUAGAUCUUAUUAGACGAAAUGAUAAUCGAAUCCGGGUAAUAGGUUACAAUCCUAUCAAAACACCAACAGAUAAAAUUUUUAUUCAAGAGUAUCCAUUACACUGCAAGGAUGAAGAGGUUGUAGCUAGUCAAAUUUUUAAUGCAACUGAAGCUGAUUUGUAUUAUAAGAUGCUCCCAUCUCGUAAUUUAACCGAAGAAAAAGAUCGCGAAGCUAUGGCACUUCAUCAGAAUAAAGACAGAGUUACAGUGAUGACCUGCUACAACUCAAAUGCAUCGCUAAAGCUCCCGUUAAUCGUCAUUGGAAGGUAUCCUAAACCAAGGGCUUUGAAAAACAUAUCUAAAUCCACGCUUCCAGUUUACUAUACGGGUGAACCAAGCGCAAUGAUGACCAUUAAUAUUUUUAAAAUUUGGUUCAAGGAAGUAUUUGUACCCCAGGUUACAACUUUUUUAAGAGAAAGCGGCCUUCCUUUAAAAGCAGAGCUUUUGGUUAACGAUGCUACAUCUGAUUCUAAGAACGAAGUUAUUUCGUUCAAUGAUAUCAAAGCAUAUUAUUUACCACAUAAUAAAACAUCUGUCCACCUAUCAGAUCGUGGAACGACUGAUAACCUGAAAAGACGUUACACAUCACUGCUUCUGAGAUCAAUUUUAUAUGCCCAAGAAAAUGGGUUUUCAGUUGGUACACAUUUGAAGUCUGUAAACAUUAGAGAUGUUAUAUAUUGGUUGAGCGACGCUUGGGAUGAAGUCACUCCUAGUAAAGAGAUCAUUUCUGACAAAAAUCCACAGUCCGACAAUCAAAUAUGUGACAUUAAGGCAGAAACGACAACCUCAAAUCAAGGCAUAACUGAUCAAGAUCUUUUGAAUCUUUUGCAACAAAUUGAUAGCUAUAAAACUGCAAAAAAAGAAAUUGUGCAUGAAUGGAUUAAGAACAAUGAUAAUGCGUUCGCACAAAUGCCGACAAAUGAAGAAAUUAUUAAAAUGGUUGAGGAGAACGAUGAACUGGAAGACGACGAUGCCAAUUUAGAUGAGACUGUGAAUGUGAAACCAGAAGAUGUAGUAACUGCAGCUAAUACAAUACUUGCAUUCUUUGAGAGACAUAGUUUUUUGACAAGGGCAGAAUUAGCCACGAUAAGAAAGGUCAAACGAAUUGCCAUGCAAAUAAGAAUUUCUCAACAAGUUUCAAAGAGUUAAUAAUAUCCCGCAAUGAUGUUGGCGUACUUUUGGGGACGAGUUACAAAAAAAUUUCGUAACUUUUCACUUUCUCGAAUUUUAGUCUCCUACAGCCUAUAGCCAGGAAACUGAUUAAGAAAACACAGCACAAGGACCUUCGUUGGACAAGACAAGAGUUUAGGAACAUAAUAGUCUUACUAAAAAUUCACCACAAAUUGAGCAAACAAAAUUGUAUCAGUACAUCAGGGAUAUAUCUACUGAGGACCAAGCAAUGAUAUUUCAACAAGUUUUUUCACACUCAUUCAGAAUUCGGUUGCAGAAUUAACCUUUCAAUCACGCUGCAGCUACGCUGUGUCAAUAAAUUAGUGACGUAACCGAGUAUCACAUUGUUCGGUCCCAAUGUUUUCUGUUUUGAAUGUGAUGGACAAUUUGCAAUAACAGAUACGCGCAAAGCAUUGAAAACCUACGUCAUCUACGGUACAGAUAGACAAGUCAAAUAGUAAUCUAUUUUUGAUGGAUGGUAUUUAUUUAAUCGAAGAUGAAAAUAUCUUGAGAUUGUAGAAUGAACGGUUGCUAUGUAAUAUGUAUAUUACUUCAAGUUUCUAAAUAUUUUUAUUGUAUUUUAUUACAUUUUGAUCUUGUUUCUACAUACCUACAUCAUACACACUAGUACUGCUUGGAUGUAAAAUAUUACUCAUAUAAUAUAAUAAUGUAUUUUCUGUAUACAUAGCGUUAAUAUACUUUACAAAUUUAAAUUAACUGGAGCAACUGAUAUAAUAUAUGUUCAAUAUAAUGUAAACUCUGAAAGUAUAAUAUAAAUGCAAUAUUAUUCUUCAAGAGAAGAAAACCAAAAAUCGAAAAGAAAAAAAAAAAUGUUAUGUUUAUUAUUUAAUACAGUGUAUAAACAUUGGCCCCAAAAAUACAAUUCGGUGUUCUCAAAUACAUAUUUAACAGUUUUGGCAUAUAUUAUGACAUCUAUAUUUCAUGUAUAUUAUUUAUAUACACACUAUAAUAUAAAAAUGCAGAGGAUGGAUUCUUCACCUGCGAUUUCUAGUCCGUUCGUGUUGGGCGUUGCUAUUUAAACGUGUCCGUACAAUCAAGUCGUUCCUGAUAAAAUUUAAAUAGGACUCAAACAAGAGGAAUCAUAAGAUAUUGUGAACUCAACGCCUCCAGUUACUUCCCCGUCGAAAGUAGCAAAUUAAUAAUUUUCUGUACUAACAAUAAAUGUUAUGGAGUUUUCAACAAUUAACUGAUAGAAUAAUCAAGAAAUGUGGCAAUAUGUACAAGGCCCACGAACGUACGUGGAACGAGUCUUUUACUACAUAUUAUAUUAUAUUGUGUAUAUAUAUGCAUAAAUUGUAUAUUUUAUUGUGUACACAUAUAAACUUCACAAUGAUUAUCAUGAAGACUUAUCGUUGACAUUUAUGUCUUCAAUAUCUGUAAAUUCGAUUGAUUAUACUCAUUAUUUACUCCUUUGCUCGAUAUCAAGUCAGGUACGUUUCAAAACACACCAUAAGGAUUAUUGAUUAUGACCCUUGAGACAAGAUAUUGAAAUCAACCUCUAUUCAUACGAAGUUUUGUUUUUAGUUUUGUAAUGUAAUACAUAACUAGACGUUGAUGCAACACGUUUUAUUUCAAAGUUGAUAGGGUAUUUAAAUCAUUAUAAACAAAUUUCUAUAUCGCAAUGAGAGUUCCUCAAUAGCUACUAUAAUAUUGAAUUUUCA